AAUGCCAAUCCCAAACGUAGAAUCGCCCUUAAAAAUCACUCUGUCAACUAUUCUUUUCUUACUGGGCUCGUGCGGUGUGUGUGGGAGUGGAAGCGGGUGGAACGUCCAUGAACCAUCUCGAUUCGUCAGAACAGUACCGCCGCCCAUCUACAGAGGUAUUCCAAAAUAGAGCGAUAAGAAAAAUUAUCUGUGACACAUUUUCUCCGUCAUAAAGAUUACAUUAUAUUCAAUUUCAUUCAGUCGAAUUUCAAUCUAAUAUCUGAAUUCAUCGUCUUCAUACGUCAAUUGCUAUAUUUGGAGCACACUCUCCGGGAACCGCAGUUUUCAAUCCUUGAGCAAAUCACUUUCAGACCAUCACCAUGGACCCCAACAUGAACAAUCUCCUCAAAUGGAGUAUCGAGAACUCGACCUCAGCUCGGCAGGCCGGCGAUUCCAAUGACGCUGCUCCCGCCCCUACCUCUCGCAGCAAUCUGAACCCUGAGCUGCUCUCUGCUCUGUUUGGAGGCCCCUCAGAUGCCGACCUCAUGAAAGCCGCCAUGGAAGCGCUGCACUCGGACGAAGUCGAUCUCGAGAACAAGAUGAUCGCAUUUGACAACUUCGAGCAGCUCAUUGAGUCUAUCGAUAACGCGAACAAUUUGGAACCAUUGGGUCUGUGGACGCCGCUCGUGGAACUGCUCAAGCACGAGGAAGCUGAAAUGAGACGCAUGGCCGCCUGGUGCAUCGGAACCGCCGUGCAGAAUAACGAAAAAGCGCAGGACAAGCUCAUCGUUUUCAAUGUCCUCCCAACCCUCGUCGCCAUGUCCACCUCAGACCCGGCACCCGCCGCUCGCAAGAAGGCAGUGUACGCCAUCUCUUCCGGAGUCCGCAACUACCAACCCGCCAUGGAUGAGUUCGUGAAGCACCUUCCGGAAGGAUAUACUAGCGGAGAAAAGAUCGAUGCGGCAGAUAUGGAUGCUAUCGACGCCUUGCUGGACAAGCUCAGGGCUCACCCGUCUGAAGUCUCCGCAUGAACCCGCGUCUGCAUUGCAAUUAGACAUAUACCCUCAUUCGCUGUGAUGCUAUCACGCAUGUGAACUUCGCGAACUGGAUGAAUGGUUCUGAUGGGCAGAAUACCGCCGUUCCUGCCGCCCGCCAUUGCUGCGCGUGGCCCCGCGUGUCUGGGCCGUCGGUGGGCGAACCCCCGCCUCGGUUGUAUAAAAACAUGGAGUAGCUCCGACUCGAGCGAGCUAUGCUUGACAGGCUCUCAUCCUGCAACCUGUAUAUCAGGCGAAUUCGAGCGUUGAGCAUGACUCCGCUAGGCUGCUA